AUGGUAUGGUAUUGUCUUUAUAAUUCAAAGAAAUCUGUCAUGUUCAAUAACGACAGGUUGAACAAUUUUUGUCGCACGGAGCAUAGCUCGUUAAAUGGAACUCCACCCCUAUUUCACAUGAGGCUGCUGGCGGAAUCGACGAUCUCCGCGCUCGCAGCGGCGGCGGCGGAGGACGCUCCUCGUGAAAAAUUGAUCGCGGCGGUUUUUAGGGCUGAGAGCCGGACGCGGGAUCGCUCUCGGCUCGCCCUCACAAACGGAAUCUCCAAUCAAUCUUAUUACGAGCGGCUCGGCGCGCCGGCCCGUUCUCCGGAGACGCCACGACGGCACUGGCAGCUGCACCGGCGGCAGGGAUGA